AUGGCCCAGUCGAGAACGGCGUUUGCUCUAGACGAGGCAAUGGCCGUCUACAGCCCUCCGGACCGCAAGUUCUUCCUUGCCAAGCGGUCACCUGGGCAGGUCACCUUUAACAGACUCCCUGAGAAGGAACAAGAGUUUUUCUACAAGAGUCGCCUGAAAGAGAUCAAGACGCUUCUCGAGAGCGGCGCCAUCUCCAUCCUCUCGCCCACGGAGAGUCGAAAGUUCCGGGCAGAACAUCCUGACUACAUCCUGGAAUCGAAGUUCGUCGACAGAUGGAAGCCGACCGAGGAGUUCACCGCGUUGGCCGAGGACUUCGACCCCAGCGAGUUCCAGGAAGGCGAGGAGAACGCGGCCGCACCCAAGAGCCGCUGGUGCGUGGUGGGGUGGCAAGACCCCAUGAUUACGAGCAUCGAACGAAGUGCACCGACACCUCUCUCGAGUUCAGUGUACCUGGCAUUGCAACUUUCGGCAACUAGGAAGUGGCCUAUCUACAUCAAGGAUGCCAAGGCGGCCUUCACUCAGGCACUGCCCACGACCCGCAAGCAGCUUCUUGCGUGCACCCAGCCGAAAGAUGGGCUGUUCCCAGGAUGCACGGCCGACCAACUCAUCUUGCUCCACACUGAGGUCUACGGACUUGUUUCCGGCCCAUCGUGGUGGCGGCGAUCUCUCUUGGAGGUGCUGAUCUCUGAUUUGGGAUACCAGCUCAACCCCUUCGACAAGUGUGUCCUCACGCUGCCACAGGAGCCGGACUUACCACGACCAUCCUCGUCGACUUCUUCGUCAGCUAUAGAAACCACGAGCUCUACAACGUUCGCGACUAAGAGGGCGACCACCACUACGACUUCUUCAGCCACGAACUCCAAGGCAGAAGGCAAAACUCGUGGCGUAGUGGUUAUCCAAGUCGAUGACCUGCUGGAGUCGGGAGAUGAAGAACACCGGCGAAGGAUCAAGCCGGUGAUCCUCAAGAGGAAGGUCCUGCGCAAAAAUGCUCAGGAAGUCGUGUUGAACUCCGAGGAGCUGACACAAUUCAGGGCCGCACUGGCCACUCUGAAUUGGGUCUCGAGGGAGGGCAGACCUGACGUCGCAGCUGCGGCGUCAGUGCUCGCCUCCAGGUUCCCUCAUCCGACAGCGAGGGACGUCUUUGAGCUCAAUGACGUUUUACAUCGACUGAAAACUCACCGCAUCACGCUCAAGAUCCCGGUGAUCGCCGAGACUGAUAUCAGACAUUUCGUGAUAUCCGACUCUGCGCACGACCCGAGCGGUCGCACCAAACCGCAACACGGUUGGUUGCAGGGGAUAACCACCCCCUCUCUCAACCGCGGCUUGAAGGCACCGGUGUCGCUGAUGAUGUGGCGGUCGAGGAAGCUCCGCCGCAAGGCAGGCAACACGCUUCUGUGCGAAAGCAUCGCGCUCUCGACUUCGUUGGGCAGCCUGGAGCGCCAAGCAGCGGUGUGGCUGAGCCUCACUACCUCUGACUUCAGGGCGAAGCAGAUCGUGCAGGAGUCUGCCAGUGAGCUGAGGGGCCAAGCCACCGUGAUAGCCGAAGACUGUCCCGGGUAUGUUGAUCCACGCGCAAUAGCCGUGGUGGAUGCCAAGAGUCUGUACGAUGGAGUCCACAGCGAGCAGCCCAACGGCGAAGACGACCGUUCGGCGCUGGAAAUGGCUGUGAUACAGGAAUCUUUACAGGCCCUGGGAGGCAGAAUCCGUUGGGUUCCGCACAACAGGAACCCUGCGGAUGGUUUGACCAAGCUUUUAGGAGCCCAUAUGGAUCCUCUGCUUGAACUGCUUGCCACGAAUAGCUUCCAGCUGGAGGACGAGUUGGGUGUCCUUGCCCAAGGUAAGCAGGGGGACCAUAGGCUCAAGAGCCGAGCUUAA